ACCAAGGGAGAGACUGACACAUACACACACACACACAUAUACACACACACGCACACACGCGCAGAAACACACCCUCUGGACCUCUGCGCACUGCACAGCCAGGGUCUUCUCAUUUUCUGUCUCGCUCACUCCCUCACUCUCAUACACACAAAUGCACGCACGCACGCAUGCACACACACACACAGUGCACACGCAUGUUCAGUCAGUCUUUCUUUGACUUCGCAAUGCUCUGUUGGGACCUGUGCUUGGCCCUGCUCCUCACGGUCCUCCCAGUGAGGUCUAUACCGUCCACCAACAUCAGGAUCACCCAGGCCUUGCCCCUGCAGCUGGCAGACCCUGCCCCACCCGCCAACUGCCCGCUCUUCUGGACCGAGUUCGAGGGGCACUGUUACCGCUUCUUCCCCCUGAACCGCACCUGGGCCGAGGCGGACCUGUACUGCGCAGAGUUCUCCAACGGGCUGCGGUCUGCCAAACUCACCUCCAUACACAGCUGGGAGGAGAACGUGUUUGUGUAUGACCUGGUAAACAGCCGCAUCCCCGGCAUCCCCACUGACAUAUGGAUCGGCCUCCAUGACCGCCGCCAGGAGGGUACUAUGGAGUGGACGGAUGGGUCUCCCUAUGAGUACAACUAUUGGGACGGGAACCAGCCGGAUGAUGGAAUACACCGUAUUCCUGAGGAAGAGGACUGCGUGGAGAUGUGGUACAGACAGAACAGCGCUCUGCGGUCCUGGAAUGAUAACAGCUGUAGAAAAGCCUUUCCCUUCGUCUGCAAAAUCCCCACUUUGGAGCAUUAGCCCCUUGUGAGACCCCCUCCGACCCCCCCCACACAUGGACAUUACACUUCUCUCCAGCUCUCCCUCUCCGCCAUCUGGACCUCAUUUACUGCCAUUAGUCCCCACAAUCCCUGGACUCUGCUUUGUGGAGAAAUCCCAUCACUGUUAUUGGGACCAGAGUGGCUGCAUACAGUUACAUUCAGACCACUGAGGACUCUGUGUAUCACCAGGCCUAUUCGUGUGUGUGUGUGUGUGUGUGUGCCUGUGUGUGGGAGUGUGUGUGUGUGUGUGUGUGCAUGUGUCUGUGUGUGGGAGUGUGACUGUUCAUGACAUUUUGAAUUGUGUAAUAUCUUGGAAAUGUUCUUCCAGCUUUUAAUUCCUUGUGAUCUUUUGCAGAAACGGCUUCUGUAUGCCAAAAUUAAAUAUAAUGAUGUAAUGAUGGCAUAAUAUAUAUGUAUGCAUAAAUAUAUACUGUGGAAUACACA